AGAGAGAGGAGGGGUGAGUGAAGGAGAAGACACACUGCGGAGUUCAGCAGAGAAGAGAUGUAGAGAGCUGGAGACAGAGACCAAACCGACAUCACAGCUGUGAACACACAGGAGCUCAUGCACACACGCCGCCUGUGAGUUCAACUCCAAGUCUCUGACACUAAGCAGCUCUGCUGUGGACUUCAACGCUGCAUCUGUGAUUAUUCUGGGCUGGACCCCCUUUGGACUGUGUCUUAACAUGCUGGGAGUUCAAAGUGAUGCUCUGCUGGUCGGCUUGAUGGUUUGGAUGGGAAUCCUAUGGGGAGAGAUCACAACCCAAGAUGAGUCCGGUGUGACCCCUCCACCCAGCGUCGCUCCAGUGAUGCAGGUCCCAGCCCCCAAAGAAACCCCCAGAGGAGUUGCAUCCAUGGGGCAGGACUUCAUAGAGUCGGUCCUGUCUCGUAAGGAUCAUCUUCUGGCUCAGAAGGGUGUGACUCUUCCCAGCGGUUUACCCCCUAAUCUAGUGCCCAUGUUGGGGAAGGGUCUGGGGGCCAGAGCAGAGGCCCUGUCCCCCGACCAGCCCCUCCUGAGAAAGAUGCUCCCCUCACACAGCGCCUCUUUACCUCCAGCCUACGAGCUCCCCACCGAACCCCCGGAGGCCGUCGCAACGCCGAGCUGGGAUACAGAUGCUCCGACCCCACAUCCCAAACCUUCAGGCUCCGCUGCGGCCCCCACAACUGUGAGCGCUGAAACAGCGCCUGGGGCUUUCACCUCAGCUGUAACGAACUGCAGGGUCAAUUUCAGCGACCCAGAGGGCUACAUCGAUUCUUCAGACGAUCCGCCCCUCCCUGAAGGAGCGUUCCUGCAGUGCACUUACACAGUGACCGUCUACACAGGCUACGGUGUGGAGCUACAGGUACCUUUUAAUAUGAGCUUUGAGUAUUGCGUUUUUCGCCUGAGUUGUGCCCUACCUCGACGGCCUCAUUUUGGGGAGGUGUCAGUAAAAGAUCUGCAUCCCGGAGGCACGGCCCAUUUCCAGUGUCACAUGGGAUACCACCUGCAGGGGGAUGCCACACUCAUGUGUCUCAAUGCCUCGCUGCCCGUGUGGAGCCAACAUGAGCCAAGCUGCAGAGCUUUGUGUGGAGGGGUUGUAAAAAACGUCACGGUUGGCCGGGUGCUGUCCCCCUCACCCCAUUCGGGCCCUAACAGCACCCUGGACCGCAGCUGCUCUUGGUCCCUGGAGGCUCCUAACGGCCAAAGGCUGCACCUGCAUUUGGAGAGAAUGGUGUUAGGCCCGACAGACAGGCUGGUCUUAUGGAGCGGCCUUGAUGCAGGUUCGGUGGUCCUGUUUGAUUCCGGGCAUGGUGGUCCCAUCCCCUUUGAAGGAGUGAUCAGCGAAGGUCCGGCUGUUCGGGUCCAGUUUAUAACAGACCAACCUAACAGUCACAACACUGGAUUCAAUAUACGCUAUGAAGCAUUUGAGAAGGGCCACUGCUACGAGCCGUACAUCCAAAAUGGAAACUUUAGCACGACUGACCCGACUUACGGCGUGGGGACGGUGGUGCAGUUCACCUGUGACCCCGGGCACUCGCUGGAGCAGGGGCCGCCCGUCAUCGAGUGCAUCAACACACGAGACCCCUACUGGAACGACACAGAGCCCCUCUGCAAAGCUCUCUGUGGCGGUGACCUGUCCGGCCCCAGCGGCGUUAUCCUGUCCCCAAACUGGCCCGAAUGGUACGGGGAGGGCGAGGACUGCAGCUGGAGGAUUCACGUCGGCGAGGACAAACGCGUCCUGCUGGACGUACAGCUCUUGAAUCUCAGCGACAGUGAUAUGCUAACCAUUUUGGAUGGAGAUGAGGUCACAACACGUAUAUUGGGGCAGUUUGUUGGGGGAACCAGCCCGUUUAAGAUGUCCUCCUCAACCCCUGACCUCACCAUCACCUUCCACUCAGACCCAGCCGGCCUGGUCUUUGGGAAAGGAGAGGGUUUCAUCAUCAACUACAUGGAGGUGUCACGCAAUGACUCGUGUCCAGACCUCCCUGAGAUCCAGAACGGCUGGAAGACCACUUCUCACGCGGCGCUGGUGCGUGGAGCUCGUAUCACGUAUCAGUGCGACCCGGGUUACGACCUGGUGGGCAGUGAAACCUUGACCUGUCAGGUGGACCUGAGCUGGAACACGCAGCCUCCGUUCUGUGAGAAGAUUAUGUACUGCACAGACCCUGGACAUGUGGAGCACUCCACACGCACGCUAUCUGAUCCCAAACUCUUGGUUGGCACCACUAUCCAGUACAGCUGCAUUCCCGGAUACAUCCUGCAGGGCGGCGCCACUCUCACUUGCUAUGGUCGAGAACCCGGCACUCCUGUUUGGACGUCUCGCUUGCCUCAUUGCGUGUCGGAAGAGUCCGUGUCCUGUGAGAAUCCUGGCCUUCCUGACAAUGGCUACCAGAUAUUGUCUAAAAGGCUUUACCUACCGGGAGAGUCUCUAACCUUCAUGUGCUACCAAGGCUAUGAGCUCAUUGGUGAGAUGGCCAUCAAGUGCAUUCUGGGAAAUCCGUCUUUUUGGAGUGGUCCAUUACCUCUGUGCAGAGCCAAUCAUGAAUGCUCUAGCAAUCAUGCACUAGAGGUGGCUGAGGCGGCGGCAGACUCUUCUUUUGAUGGGGGAAGUAUGGCUCUAGCAAUAUUUAUCCUGGUGCUGCUAGUGUCUGUUUUACUGGGAGGAACCUACAUCUACGUCACCAGGUGCCGCUAUCAUUCAAACCUGAGACUUCCUCUGAUGUAUCCGCAUCCCUACAGCCAGAUCACCGUGGAAACCGAGUUUGACAACCCUCUCUAUGAGACUGGAGGGGAUACGAGAGAAUAUGAGGUGUCCAUAUGAAGAGGCCUACAGACACGUCCCGUGCUGCUCCAGCACUUACAGGAAGUGAUGUAAAUAGAUCCUGUCAACUCCACUCUCCCCACCUCCCCAACCUCCAGGGACAGAGAGGGGCAUGAAGGGAACGGGGCUGUGAAACAGGAAGUACCAGUGCAGAGAUCGUUCAGCCAGUAGACGUUACUGUGGUUUUAUGAUACAUAUAUGCUUACAGCCGGAGGUUCUCAUUCUGCCAUUCACAAACACCCGUGUGUGUGUGUGUGUGUGUGUGUGUGUGACAUUACGAGCGAGUGGAAAAUAACAAGUGAAGAGUUUGCACAGUGUUCUUUCUCCUCAAUACCGUGACUUACGGGACAGUUUAACCCUGGAGUAAGCCCUUUGCUCUGAUAUAAAGGGGUGGUGGUGGCGCCGUCCUGUGUCUGUCUGUGGCCCGUCCUGCCUGCUGUCAUUUUUAAGUCUUUGUACUUAUAGAGCAGUUUGUAGUGCAGGUUUUAAAGUAGUAUUUUUCCCCCUGCAAGUGACGUCCUACUGCAGCAGAGAGCAGAUGAUGUAUUUAUUUUGAAGUAUAUGUGAAAUGUUCUCUGCUGAUUGAUGAAUACUUCAUUUUGGAGAUCA